AUGGUGGCCGGGACCCGCUGUCUUCUAGCGUUGCUGCUUCCCCAGGUCCUCCUGGGCGGCGCGGCCGGCCUCAUUCCGGAGCUGGGCCGGAGGAAGUUCGCGGCGUCUGCUGGCCGCUCCUCAUCCCAGCCUUCGGAAGACGUCCUGAGCGAGUUCGAGCUGCGGCUGCUCAGCAUGUUCGGCCUGAAGCAGAGACCCACCCCCAGCAGGGACGCCGUGGUGCCCCCUUACAUGCUGGACCUGUACCGCCAGCACUCGGGCCAGCCCGGUGCGCCCGCCCCGGACCACCGGCUGGAGAGGGCUGCCAGCCUCGCCAACACCGUGCGCAGCUUCCACCACGAAGAAUCUUUGGAAGAACUGCCGGAAAUGAGUGGGAAAACAACCCGGCGAUUCUUCUUUAAUUUAACUUCUAUCCCCACUGAGGAGUUUAUCACCUCAGCAGAACUUCAGGUCUUUCGGAAACAUAUGCCCGAAGCUUUGGAAAACAAUAGCAGUUUCCAUCACCGAAUUAAUAUUUAUGAAAUUAUAAAACCUGCCACAGCUAACUCCAAGUUCCCUGUGACCAGACUUUUGGACACCAGGUUGGUGACCCAGAAUGCCAGUAGGUGGGAGAGCUUCGAUGUCACCCCCGCUGUGAUGAGGUGGACCGCCCAGGGGCUCACCAACCACGGGUUCGUGGUGGAGGUAGCCCACCCAGAGGACAGCUAUGGGGCCUCCAAGAGGCAUGUGCGGAUUAGCAGGUCUUUGCACCAGGAUGAGCACAGCUGGUCACAGAUAAGGCCCUUGCUUGUCACUUUUGGCCACGAUGGGAAAGGACACCCUCUCCACAGAAGAGAAAAGCGGCAAGCAAAACAUAAACAGCGGAAACGCCUCAAGUCCAGCUGUAAGAGACACCCUUUAUAUGUGGACUUCAGUGAUGUGGGGUGGAAUGACUGGAUCGUUGCCCCACCGGGGUAUCAUGCCUUUUACUGCCACGGGGAGUGCCCUUUUCCCCUGGCCGAUCACCUGAACUCCACGAAUCAUGCCAUUGUCCAAACUCUGGUCAACUCAGUUAACUCUAAGAUUCCCAAGGCAUGCUGUGUCCCAACAGAACUCAGCGCUAUCUCCAUGCUCUACCUUGAUGAGAAUGAGAAGGUGGUGUUAAAGAACUAUCAGGACAUGGUUGUCGAGGGUUGUGGGUGUCGUUAG